AAGAAAUGGGUAAUUGUUGUGAUACUCCUUAAAAGUAAAAUCCUCCAAAAAUCGAAACCCUGCCUUAGGUAACCGUGACUCUGUCAGAAACUGAAAUAAAAGAAUAAUCAUAGAAAUACAAGGAGGAAGGUAACCAAUAUAUGCAGUAAAAAUUAUUUAAAGAAGCAAUCAUUGCAUAUACAUAGGCUAUAGUACUAUAUUUGAUACAAAAUAGAAUUUAUAUAAUAAAGAAUCUAUUUACUAUUCGAAUCGUGCUGUUGCCUAUCGAACUAUCGAAGAUUAUGUAAAUGUUAAGAAAGAUGCCUUACAAGCAUUAUAACUAGACAAUAGGAAUGUUCGAGCUUACUUUAUAUUGGGGACAGUUCAUUUAAUCUUAGGUUAGCAAGAUAAAUGUUUGAUUUAAGCAUCAGAAGGUGUUAACUUUUUGAUAUAAGGUAUAGAGAUAAUCAAAUAACCAAGCUUAAAAGCAUAUCGAGUUAAAACCUCAAUUAAAAGAAAGCAUUAAUUAUAAUUAUUCGCAAGGACUUAUUUUAAAGGCCAAAUUAGAAAAAUCAGAAAAUUAUAAAGGUCUCUUAUUCUUAUAUUUUCAGAAUUCUUAAAUUUGAAGGAGAAACUAACUCAAUUCUACGGCAAAAUAAUCAACCUAAAUAAACUCUCAUAUCCAGGAACAAAGGAAACUUAUGUGCCUAAUUCCAUUGAAUGCUACACCUGUGUUAUUACACAAGAAGCAAUGUGUGAACCUGUGCUAUUGAGCAGUGGACACACCUACGAGAAAUGCUCCAUAAAUGAGUGCAUAAGGGUCAAUGGACCUUAUGAUCCUGCGACAAGGUAGGUCAUCUGGGGGAAUCAAAUUCCAAACAUUUAAUUAAAGAGUGCAAUAGUUGAUUACUAAAAUAAUACUCUUGAAUUUUAAUGA